AUGGUUCACACACUUUUUGAACACCCACCAAAGGAUGAGAAAGAACUAAAGAGGCUGAGCACUUUAGAGCACCGUGUGGUAGAGGUAGAGAAUCAGUUAUUGAGAGCCUCUUCAGCUGCGUUAGAAAAACGAGUCGCAGAAUUAGAGGUCUCCUUAAAGGAGUCAAAUGAAGAAUGUGUUAAACUGAGACAAACCAUAGCACAUAUGAAAGUUGCUGAAAAGAACGUUAUUCCUUCAAUGAAGGAGGAUAUUAUAGAGAAAAAGGAGUGUUUGAACUCAAAAAACGAUACUGAUAGUAUAGAAAAGUCAGAUGUGAUAUCGAUUAAUGACAAAGAAGAAGAAAUCAUAUAUGAGCGUAUCUUAAAGCUUAUCGAGAAUAUGAAAUCCGAUUGUCAAAAAGCAAUAAAUAUCAAGAUUCCAGCAUCUUCUCAUUUACCUAAAGCCCCCACAAGACAAGGUUCAAGGCUUAGUUUAUCAUCAAAAUCACCAAGCCCAACUGACGGGCUCAUAUCUCCUUCCAAGAUGAUCGGAAGGUCUAGGACCCCGAGUUUAAUUGGAAUGUCACCAAUCUCUAUCCUUUCCGCCAUACCAAGUUCUAAACCAGGAAUCCCAUCCGGUGCGAUUUCACCACCAAAUCCUGGUUCUAAUAGUCAAAUACCUGCUUCAAGAAUGUUCGCUCCUACGAGAAGUCCUAGCUUGAUAUCACAAAACAAAACUCAAUUACCCUCUAGACCUAAUACUGCUUCCGGAAAUUAUUCCUCACCAAAUUCAAUCAAUAACCCUGUAACACCGUUAAAUACUAGAAAACAAUCAAGGCCAAGAACACCAAGUUGGCCACCAAAAUGUUCAAAUCUUCCUUCCCGACCGACAACACCUUCAGGAUUGAUAUCACCACCUUCAUCACAUAUUCCAUCAGGGUUUCAUUCUUCCAGUCAUCCUCAAAAGACAGCAAUUCCAUUGCACAUUCCCAUGAUGCGAAAUUGUCGUCAGGCCACAAUUUCUAAUUGA